GGAGCGCGACGCGGCCUAGAGCGGCAGACGGCGCAGCGGGCGGCGGCGGAGGCGCAGCGGCCGCCCUGGCCCGUCAUGGAGAUGGAAAAGGAGUUCGAGCAGAUCGACAAGGCCGGGAGCUGGGCGGCCAUUUACCAGGACAUCCGCCACGAAGCCAGCGACUUCCCUUGCAGAGUGGCCAAGCUCCCUAAGAACAAAAACCGCAACAGGUACAGAGAUGUCAGCCCCUUUGACCACAGCCGGAUUAAGCUGCAUCAAGAAGAUAACGACUACAUCAAUGCCAGUUUGAUAAAAAUGGAAGAAGCCCAAAGGAGCUACAUUCUUACCCAGGGCCCCUUGCCCAACACGUGCGGGCACUUCUGGGAGAUGGUGUGGGAGCAGAAAAGCAGAGGCGUGGUUAUGCUCAACCGGGUGAUGGAGAAAGGCUCGUUAAAAUGUGCACAGUACUGGCCACAGAGGGAAGAAAAAGAAAUGACGUUCGAUGACACAAAUCUGAAGUUGACCUUGGUCUCUGAAGAUAUCAAGUCCUACUACACAGUACGACAGCUAGAAUUGGAAAACCUUACAACUCAGGAAACACGAGAGAUCUUACAUUUCCACUACACCACGUGGCCUGACUUCGGAGUCCCCGAGUCACCAGCCUCCUUCCUGAACUUUCUUUUCAAAGUCCGCGAGUCGGGGUCGCUGAGCCCGGAGCACGGCCCCGUGGUGGUGCACUGCAGCGCGGGCAUCGGCAGGUCCGGGACCUUCUGUCUGGCUGACACCUGCCUCCUGCUGAUGGACAAGAGGAAAGACCCUUCGUCCGUGGACAUCAAGAAGGUGCUGCUGGAGAUGCGGAAGUUCCGGAUGGGGCUGAUCCAGACGGCGGACCAGUUGCGCUUCUCCUACCUGGCCGUCAUCGAAGGGGCCAAGUUCAUCAUGGGAGAUGCCUCGGUGCAGGAUCAGUGGAAGGAGCUCUCCCACGAGGACCUCGAGCCCCCACCUGAGCACGUGCCCCCACCUCCCCGGCCGCCCAAGCGGGUCCUAGAGCCCCACAACGGGAAGUGCAAGGGCUUCUUCCCCAAUCACCAGUGGGUGAAGAAUGGGGCCGAGGAGGAUACGGAUGGCCCCGUCCGGGAAGGAACCAGAGCCCCGACUGCUGCCUGUAGCUUGGAAAGCACGAGUCAAGACACUGAAGUUAGGAGUCGCGUCGUGGGGGGCGCCCUGCGAGGCCCCCAGGCUGCGUUCCCCGCCAAGGAGGAGCCGUCGCCGCCCGAGGAGCACGCGGGCCACGCACUGACUCACUGGAAGCCCUUCCUGCUCAACAUGUGCGUGGCCACGGUCCUCACGGCCGGCGCCUACCUCUGCUACAGGGCCUGCUUCCACUGACGGCCGCGGCCAGCGCGAGCACCCGGCUCCGGAGCGGCCCGCCGCCCCA